AUGCAAAAAGAGCAAACCAAGCAACACCACAAUGCCCUAUCUGCCUCUCACCUCUCAACACAGCAGGGUCCUACUGAGAUUAAGAAAUGUUCUUUUUCAUCAUGGGGAAAAAAGACGCAGUGCAAAACAAUGCUGGACGCUUUGAACAAAGUGACCGCUUGCUAGCAUCUGGUCAUCGCCUGGGGAAACACUCCGACUCGCAGAACCUGCCAGGUUGAGGAGCUGAAGAGGACCCGCAAAAAGGCCCAGGAGCUGGCCGUGGCCAACAGGACUAAACUGACCUCUCUGCUCAAAGACAAGACCAUCAGCAAAGAGGACCGAGCCGAGUACGAGCGCCUGUGGGUGCUGUUCUCCAGCAGCAUGGAGCUCCUGGAGGUGGACAUGAAAAGGUCCCUGGAGAUAGGGCAGGAUUUCCCCCUCAAGGUGCCGACGAGACACCUCAUCCAGACGGGGAUGACAGGCAGCACCACCACCGUGGCGGCCCGGGCCAUGAGCGUGCAGAACAUGAAGUACGAGGCGGACAGCAACAUCGACACAGCCGACCUCCGGGACCUGCAGUCCGAGAUCUCCCAGGUCACCCAGAUGAUGGAGGAGAUGGAGAUGAAGGUGCAGGUUGCGCCGUGGGCCGUGGAGGCGAAGCAGGAGGCGGGCGCAGAGCUCAAGUCCAACAUGAGCGUCGGGAAUUCCUCCGUGGGCGUCAUCUCCAUCUGCGAAGAGGAGCCCAAAGAAGAAGAAGGAGGAGGCGGCAGCAGGGAUCCUGGCUUCGCCUCCAUCUGCGCCGUGUUUGUGUUCUUUGUCAUAGUCACAGUCGCUGUGGUUCUGGGAUAUUUGGUCGUCAAUAUGUCCUGAACUGUCUGACCCGCAGCCCACCCUGACGGACACCCUGCGCGGACGCCACACCGGAGCUC